ACCAAAACAAUAACGUUAUGAGGUUAAACACGAUUUAUUUAUUUUGAUCUCAACUUCAAAGUUGCUACAUUCUAAUUUUAAGAUAAUUUUACCAUUUUAUUUAUUUAAGAGUUGAAAUAAUCAUGGCAGGCCGAGGUCGUGGUAAAACCGGUUCACUUACUCAAGAACAACUACAGACACUAGGAUGUAUAGGAAAGGAUAUACCACAAGUGCAAACUGCACCUCCUCCAACAUUUCCUCCACUCAUGUCAAAACCGGUGAAACUUGAGACAACAGCUGCACAAAGUUACCAAAUAUUGUGGAAAGAAGCGUACAUAAAUCACAUGCGUGAUUCUCCCUACUUCAUAUCACCAAAGGUAACCAAUAUCAACAGCAAUUUACAGAGUUAUUCCGAUCAAUGGGCGAGUGCAGUUGAAAAUGCUAAAACGAAAUCAAAAGCCGAUUUCGUCUGGCGUAUGAUGCCCACAGAAUUACACAUCACACAGAAAAAACGUCGCAUUGCAGAUGGGGAUAAAGUUGUAACCAAAAAGCCCAAAAACAUUGAUGACCGUUUAAAAGUACUUGAAGAAAAAGAACGCAAUGAAGAUGAAAAAGAUGUAGCAAAGGCUUCAUCAGAUUCUGAGCACGAAGAGGAGGAAGAGGAAGCGCCGGCAGAUGAAGAGAUGGAUGAUGAAAAUGACUAUGGUAACAGUUACUUCGAUAAUGGGGAAGCUUAUAACGAAGAAGAUGACAAUCUUGAUGAUGGCCCUGUAUAUUAAAAUAAAAAAUUUGAAUACAUUUUUCAC